GGAGGAUCAGGAAGCGUCAAAUUUGUUGGUCGCACGGUUCAAAGUGUUGGGAUUGUUUGUCUUUUUAGUUUUAUUUUCUUAAGUCAUGUGUGAGAAGAACCAGCAGCCGGAGUCUGUGGUGAUCCGCAGCUUCAGGCGCUUCACAAAGCGAUAUUUUCCUCAGAAAGUUGCCACAAGUGAUUUCAUGCCUGCUGCAGAUGAAGCACAACCGGGAUAUUUGGACAGUUUGUCGGUGGACAUCCAGUUCCUGAUCAUGACUUUUCUCUCCCCUAUGGAUAUCUGUCAACUGGGAGCCACCAGUCAGUACUGGAGGGCCAUGGUCAGAGAUCCAUUAUUGUGGCGGUACUUUCUGUUGCGAGACAUGCCACACUGGUCCUCCGUCGAUUAUCUGAGCAUGCCCAACCUGGAGUUACUGGAUGCUCCACUAGUCUGCGAAGAUGAGAGCUUGGAUGAUAGAGAAGAAGGGGAGGAAAAAGGGAAGGAAUUGAAAUUUGACUACAUGUCAGAGUACCUAAAAGGUUGCCCGUCCUGCCGACAGCAGUGGUUACCGUCACGGCCAGCAUAUGAGCUUGUGACCUCAUUUCUUCAGUAUCUGGUCCCAUCAUCUGAGCCUCGUUACGCCAUGUUUGGUCCUGGGAUGGAGCAAUUGGAUGUUUCUUUAGUCAGAAGGCUCAUGCAUGCCCCGGACUUGCUGCCUGUGUCCGGCACUCCAAACAGACAGAUAAAUGGUAUUGGCUCAGGGAUCAGCUACAUGUUCAACAACCAACACAAAUUUAACAUCCUAACCCUGUAUUCAACAAACAGGGCAGAGAGAGAAAGAGCCAGGCUGGAGCAGCAGAGCAUCAGUAAUAAGCUGUUUGUCUUGGAAAGAACGGAGGAUUCAGGCUGCCACGUCUACAGCCCCGCUCCUCAGGUGCAGCAGGUGUGCCAAGUGGUGGACGGCUUCAUUUAUGUAGCUAAUGCAGAGCCCGGUAAAGGUGUUGAGAAGUCCGAGGUGGGCCACAUCAGAGCUGUGCUGAACUGCGUCGAGGACGCCACAGCCAAGCCUCUUCUGGUGCUCUCCUGCAUCUCCAGAGAGCAAGCAGGCGAUAUUAGUGGUGCCAGAUGUCGAACUCCAUGUGUUUAUGUGGCGAAGAGACUCGGCCUCCCGCAGCUGUCUAAUCGCUGGAUGGUGCAGGAUACGGUGGCAGAAUCGCUGUCAGGCCUUCUGGACGGGAUUGCCUGGCUUUUCAGAUGUUCUGGCGUCAAACUCUAAGGCAGAUAGCUUCCCAACUCCUGCUGCGAACAACAGAGUUUACCUGUGAUGUCAUCCGAACAAUACACACUAUUAUAUCUGAGCUACAAACACGAAGCUGCAUAUGCACCAGCACAUUUUUAAUACAGUUUAAUCAACUGUAAAAAGCAGAACAAUAAUAUAUAAUAUUCAAGUGGAAGGCCUAACAGAGACCCUGUCAUUUACAGAAAUGCAAAGGGUAAGGGUAGUAAAAUAAACUCAAACUGCAGUUUUGAGCAGAACUUCUGACAGAACAGCAAGGAAAAACAUGUGUAAAGCAGUAUUUAUAAUAAUCAUUUACAUACAGGGACAGAAAAGGCAGGAACACUAAGACCAGUGGUCAAACAGGAAUUAACUGACAAACCAUCACUUUGGAAAAUCUUUCAUCUGUUCCAGUUUGUUUCCCAUAUGAUAAAAAAUGUUGAAAUACUCACUAAUCAGCUGAUAGAAAUAUUUGGUAUAACAUGGAGAUUUCAGUUAUUGGUAGGGUUUAUUAGAAUCAUAACUUUACUACAUUAACAAAAAUGGUUGUUUUCAGUUUCUGUUAGGUUUUUGACCUCGAUAUUUGACUGUCAGUGCAGGAGUGUGCCAAUGUGGAAAAAAAAGCAUAUGAAAUGUCAUAAUAUCAAAUAUUUGCACUCAAAUAAUUUAAUAUAAAAYACUGAACUAAUGAAUGAAACUAUAUGCACAGAUACGUUUAUGCAGUGAAGAAAUGUUGACUUUUUGUGAGCACUGAAGACUUUAAAGAUUGGUUUUAGGUUGCUUUUCUCUCAAAAGUAUAGAAUUGUGUUCCUUAUUGUGUUUUGUUUAUUUUUCUUUUUUCCUAUUUUCAGUGAYGUCAUACAUAUCAGAGCUGUAAUGAAAAGUUUAGAAUACUUUUAUCGGUUGUCAUGGKAUGAAGGCUUUGCUUUGUUUUGAUUACCAGGAGGGAUUAGUGUUAUGUCAUUGAGUAUGUAGAAUCAGUAAUUACAUCUUUCACUUCCUCCUUUUUUUAAAGAUGUUGUGUUUUGUUUAUUAUAUUAUUUUUUAAAUUCCAUAUAUUAAAUUCCUGAGAAGAAAAA